AAGCUCCAAAUAAGAUCUCUAGCACUUUAUGUAGUUAAUCCAAUGCUCUCAUCAAUCAUCAUCCACAUGUUUUGCUGCAGACAUCAACGGAGUUCGUGAGCUAAGAAAGGAGAGCAAGACGCUCGAUUGAAUUGAACUCCUUUCUCAACACUCCAUUACUUCCUUCAUCCCCUUUUUCGUCUAAUCCUUCCCAUUUCUUCCAAUUUUCCUCAUCAGAUUUCAUUCACUCUACAAUCCACCCGAGAAUUCCCACUCCGAAGUACCCAAUUGCCAAUUCAUCCGCACUGUCUCCCCGCUUCCCGCGAGAACAACGUUCCUUACUUUGGAUGUUGCUUCAUUUCUUUGAUUUUUACGUAUUAUGAAGUGUACAGGCUUCGAAAUCUGAAAUUUGAAUCUACUGUUGGUUGUCGAGGAUGCUUCCGUGGGGAGGUCUUAGUUGCUGUUUGAGUGCAGCUGCUCUUUAUCUUCUUGGAAGGAGUAGUGGCCGGGAUGCGGAGUUGCUGAAAUCCGUCACGCGGGUCAAUCAGUUGAAGGAAUUGGCUCAAUUGCUUGAGGCAGAAUGUGUAUUACCUCUUGUCGUUGCAAUUUCUGGAAGAGUGAGCUCUGAUACACCAAUAAAUUGCGAAUUUAGUGGUUUAAGGGGUGUAAUUGUGGAGGAAACGGCAGAACAACACUUUCUAAAGCACAACGAUGCAGGAUCAUGGAUUCAGGAUUCUGCACUGAUGCUCUCCAUGAGUAAAGAAGUUCCUUGGUAUCUGGAUGAUGGGACUGGUCGUGCAUUUGUGGUGGGAGCUCGAAAUGCCACAAAUUUUAUAUUACCAGUAGUGAGUGAGGUAUUUGAAGAGUCUGGCAGAUCCCUUAUGCGUGGCACUUUAGAUUAUCUCCAAGGUCUUAAGAUGCUUGGAGUUAAGCGAAUAGAGCGCGUUCUACCUACUGGUACUUCCUUGACUGUUGUUGGCGAGGCUGCCAAAGAUGACAUUGGUACCAUCAGAAUUCAACGUCCACACAAAGGACCAUUUUAUGUCUCCCCAAAAACAAUUGAUCAACUCAUAAGCAAUCUUGGGAAGUGGGCCAGGUGGUACAAGUAUGCUUCCGUGGGUUUGAGUAUAUUUGGUUUGUAUCUGGUCACAAAGCAUGCUAUUCUUUAUCUCAUGGAGAGAAGGCGUCGCUGGGAAUUGCAGAAAAGGGUCCUUGCUGCAGCUGCCAAGAGAUCAAGCCAAGAAAAUGAAGGGGAAGAUGAAAAGGCCAGCAAUGGAACAGAUGGUACAAAGAGAGACCGGUCAAUGCCAGAUCUUUGUGUAAUAUGCCUCGAGAGAGACUACAAUGCUGUUUUUGUCCCGUGCGGCCAUAUGUGCUGCUGUGUAGCAUGUUGUUCACAUUUAACAAACUGUCCCCUCUGUCGUCGGCGAAUUGAGCUGGUAGUAAAGACUUUCCGCCAUUAAUGUUCAGCUUUGAGGACUCGUUAUCAUCAUUAACCUUCACGAGCACUUCUAUAUGUCUGGAGCUGUACUAAAAAAUCUGAAAAGCUAUCAUAUCGUUUUCUUAACGAAGGCAUUUGUCACAUGUUGCAAGAAUCUGACUAGCCAGUUACAUAUUGCAACCUCCCCGGAUAGCAGUUGAAAGCUUCUUUCAGAAGGUAAUUAAACGUAAUUGCUGUGUACUAACUUCCUUUGUCUUUGAAAUUGUAAAUGGAACUAAACAUCUCUAUGUAUAUUAUCAUAUUACUCUCAGAUGGACCCAUUAGGGGAAGAGAAAAAGGUCAUUAGUCAUACUUACCUAUUUCAUUUUGGUCCCUAAACUUCUAAUUCUUCUAUUUUAAUUCCUUGACUUUAAAA